AUUCAGCUUCCUCUCUUCCCAUCAACAUCAGCCUACUGGUUAUUUCGGAAACAGGACUUGACCAGAAACUAUUACAGUCACUGCAAGUCAAAAGGAGAGAAGAUCAAAACCAAAACCAAACCUCAUGCUGUUUAUUAACAUUAAUCUAUAAAAAGUGAAUUCUUCUACCUACCCUAUACAUUACUACUAAAUUCACCUGCUAAAUCAGUCAGGAUCUUGAGAUAAGUAGUCAUGUGCUGUGUCAUACACAAUCAGUAGCAAGAGAAGAAAAAAUAGAACAAAAGAGAAAAAAGACACUUAAAACCUGUGGGAGUGUGCGGGGGUGUGUGUGUGUGUUAAUCAGUAUUUGGACAAUUUUAUGCAUAAGUAAUGAAAGUGGGGCAGUAUGCCAGAUAAUAUUUCAACUGUGCUACAAGCACAUGCUACAAAAAUUUUCUUUCAAGCAUAUAUUAUCUAUCUUUCAAUAAGGUCUGCUAUCACUAUUUACAGUUUUUAUUUUUAGUGUUCUUCACACAAUGAGGUAUUUCAGAGGCAUUCUUACAGAUGCCCUCCAAACCUGUUUUUUGUCAGUAUUAUACACAUAGCUUUUCCCACACAAAACAAAUUCUGUUACAUGUUCUAAUGACCUCAUCUGAUCAGAAAACACACCUUUUUGUUUUGUACAGCUGAAAAAAAAAAUUCUUUGUGACAGAAGUUUAGAGCUAGAUACCUGUAUGCAGUUUUGGUGGGUUGUUUGUUUUUUUUGUUUUUUUUUUUGUUUGUUUGUUUUUUUGUUGUUGUUGGUUUUGUUUGUUUGUUUGUUUUGGGUUUUUUUUUUUUUGUUUGGUUUUUUUUGUUUGUUUGUUUGUUUGUUUUUUUUUUAAUAGCUGUAAAGUGGGGAAUUGUAAGAAAAUCAGAAGUCCAAACUUCAUAUUUCAAGGCAGAAACCAACUUGAAGAAAGAUUUAAUAGGUCAUACCUAAGAUAGUUGCCCCAUGGAUACUCUUCUCAAAACCAGCUGAUAUUUAUCAGUGUCGAACAAGGAUGCUACAUUAAUAAACACUGGUUCAACUCCCUGUGUAUUCCUAUACCACUGAAAAAAGCACCUGGUAACAUUACAGUGAAAGCACAAACCAGAUGAGCAGUAACAAUAAGCCUUUUUUUAAUGCAUUGUCCACUUUUGGAGAUAAACACACAGGAGCUGUGCACUCUUGCGCUCUUGAGGAUAGUUUUGGUGCCUAACUGAUACUGUGGAAGUUAGGUGGCUCUCUGUCACAAGUGGGAAGAUCACACAAACAACUAACUCCUUCCUCUUCCUCCUCUUCACAAAGCUGCCCCAGAGCUGGGUAAAAGGCCAAACAAGAGGAACCUUCCCAUGCAAAGUCAUGAAACUGUGACCACAGCAAGAGCCAGGAAAGCAGGUGGGGUGUGGGACAACCAACGCGCCCACGCGAGCACCAGGGUAUUAAUGGAGUGCAACAACUAUUCCUAAAUUCAAUUAAACUAUGAUGUCUGGAAAUAAAAACCACCCUGAAGAAUACAGGAUCGCAUCACUGGUCUUCUACAGUUUUGUAUUCACAGUGGGAUUGUUGGUAAAUGCUACUGCACUAUGGGUUUUCAGCUGCACUACCAAGAAGAGAACAACUAUAACUGUAUACAUGAUGAAUGUGGCAUUACUGGACAUAAUUUUUAUAUUUUCCUUGCCUUUUCGGAUAAUCUACUACGGGAAAGAAAUGUGGCCUUUCGGAGACACAUUCUGUCGGAUUAUCAGCGCUUUCACUAUAUUUUAUCCAGCCAUUGCUCUGUGGUUGCUCACUUUUAUAAGUGUAGACAGAUUUAUGGCUAUUGUCCAGCCCAAACAUGUCAAAGAGCUUAAAAAUACAAAAAAAGCUGUGCUGGCUUGCACUGGAAUCUGGGUAAUGACCCUCGCAACAACGUCCCCACUGCUGUUUUUACAGUCUGAUCCAGACAAAGCCCUGAAUUUUACUACCUGCAUCAAAAUGCUUGAUAUCAUCCAUUUAAAGGAAGUAAAUACACUGAACUUUUCUCGCUUGAUUUUUUUCUUUUUGAUUCCCUUGUUUAUCAUGAUGGGGUGUUAUCUAGUCAUUAUUUACAAUUUUAUCCAUGGCAAGACUUCCAAACUGAAGCCUAAGGCCAAGGAGAGAUCCAUAAGAAUUAUAGUUACUCUGAUUGCUCAAGUACUUAUCUGCUUUGUACCCUUUCACAUUUGCUUCGCCUUCCUGAUGUUGCAAAAUGAAGAUACAACUUACAAUCCCUGGGCAGCCUUUACCACCUUUCUCAUGAAUCUCAGUACGUGCUUGGAUGUUAUACUAUAUUAUAUUGUUUCUAAACAAUUUCAGGCAAGAGUCAUCAGUGUAAUCCUUUAUCGUAAUUACCUUCGAAGUGUGCGCAGGAAAAGUUUUCGAACUGAAAGUGUAAGAUCACUCAGUAACAUGAACAAUGAAAUGGUAUAAAAAGAGAAAAAAAAAAAAAGUCAGGGGACUUUUAUAAUGUAAACAAGUGAUCAUUUUCCCAAAUUCUAGCCUUCUGACUACACUGAAGAGUAUUCUAUAGCCAGAGGUAACAGACAGAUUUGUUGAACUGUAAAUAUGAGAGAAGCAGAGUAAUAAUUGCACUUGUUUAUAUUUGCUCAAAAGUUUUUGUAAAUCUGAAAUGGACUAAAACCUAGUACCAGUGUUAAACUUUCCAUUGCUUUUGUCACCUCAAAAGACUGUGAAUGUUGUCAGAUAUGAAAAAGUGACUAUUAGUAUAAUAAAACAGACAACACUGAAGAA